GCUGGCGCGGCGGCCGAGGCGCCGCCGGGCCGGCGGUCACCAUGAUGCCUGGGGAGACCCCGCCGCCGCCGGCCGGGACCGCGGCCGCCGCCGCCGGCCCCGCCUGCGCCAACUGCGGUGUUCUCCAGCAGAAUAUAAAUGAAUAUGUAGCCGCAUUAAUUGCACUGAAGCAAAAAAUGAUUGAUGGAGAUCGUUUGCUGACAGAGUAUCAACAGAAAUGCACUGAGCUUCAAUUUGCUGAACGAGAGAUCUCUGCUCUUCGUUGCCAAGUGGAGCAGAUGCUACAGAAAAUCCUGCCUCUGGAAAAGUGCCAGGAAGAGUUGGGUUCCUUGAAGGCAGAGUUGGAAGAGAAAAAGAGUUCUCUCAAGAUUUAUCGGGAGAGUCAACUGGAAUAUGUUAAAAUUAAAGAAGAAAUAGUAAACAGUGAUGCUGUGAGAAAGAAACUGGAAACAAAAGUGAAGAAACUUGAAGAGGCUGCAACAAAGCAUACACAGGACUUCAGACAACUGAAAACUGAAAAGAAAAGGCUUGAAAAGGAGCUAAAGAAGGCACAAGGAAAACUUGAUGGUGUACUUAAAGAGAAGUGCAGAAAAGUUAAGCAUGCGGAGACCCAGAGUUCAAGUGAAGAUCUUACAACAGAUAUAGACAAAGAAAAAAUAAAGCUCUUGUUAGAAGAACUCUGGAUGUGCAUUGACAGUGCAACAGGAAAAAGAGAGAAUCAGGAAAAUGAUCCUGUCUUGGCUUCUAUUCAGGAUAAGGCAUGGCCUGAAAAAAGAAGACUGACUGUUACAGAAGAAACUGUACAAAUCCACCAAAAGAUCAGGAAGUGUGAUGGCAAAACACUGCCUUGGUGUUCCUCACUGGAAAGUGCUGGAAAGCAAAAUUCUCUAACAGCCAUGCAACUUCAAGCGAGUACUGAGCCUUUUGGAGGUGACUGUGUUGAGAACAGGCCUACUGAAGAAUGUCUGCGCAGUGGUGAAGAUAAAACUGUGGGUGUGAUAAUACAGACAGAUGGGGCACACAGCAGUUCAGACUUCUCUGAUCAGGAGCAAAAGGGCCCAGGUGGAAAUGUGAUGGAUAUAUUGAAUUGGAUUAGGCCUCUCCCUGCUCUGCUUUCUCCAGUACAGCUUUCACCACCAACUACACAGGAUAUGUUGUUUGGAGAAGUCACAGGUUCCAGCGAUGAAGAAGUUGAUUGCAGUGCUUCUGCAGUGGAGGAUAUUUUACAAGAAGACCAAGUUCAGCCUCAGAGUUGUGAUGUAUUCAGCCACAAUGAGGAGUUUAACAGACAGAGCAAAUCAUGCCAGCAAGAUCUUGAUGCCGAAAUCUCACGUAACCUGAGUUGGAAUGAAAAUAAUGUUCAUAUUGGUCCAAAGAUGUCAAGCAAGGAGGAGAGAGAUGCUGAAACAAAGCAAGCUGAAGCUGCUGCUUUAAUUACAAACAUGGAAACUAACAAAGAUUGUUUGGAGGAGAAUUCUGAGAAUAUGGAAACUGAGAAGAGAGAACUAACUGAAGCAACAGCAGAUGAAUUGGAAGCCAUUGAAGAACAGAAAGGAGAUAGUGAGGACAUCCACAGUGAAGAGGGAGGUUCUUCGGCUGAUUUUGUGUUACACAGUUUCAAGCCUCAAAAUCAGUUGGAAAAAUGUAGUGAGGUAGCGCAAACAGAGGAGAAUGUAAUCUUAAUCAGAGCUGUUGAUUAUGAGGGUACACAUGAAGAGCAUGGUGAAUUCAUGAAAGCAGAAAGCAAUGGAUUAUCAGGAGAGAGAGAAACUCCCAGGGCAGUAUCUGUUCCCCAAAAUGUUACUCAUUUGCCACCUGAGCAAUGCAUUGUGCUUCAAAGUGAGGGUUCUGAGGAGAAAUCUGAUGUGUUGAUACAGAAUGAAGUGGUUGAAAAUGGAUCAAAAAAUGUAAUUGAAGUAACUAAUACGGCAAGUGAUGUAGGGGAAAACAUAAAAGAAGUGAUAAUUGGGGAGAAAAUAACAGCUGCAAUACAGAUGAAAGGACUCUGUGCAGAGGCAAAUAAUGAGAGCGAGCUCUCUGAAAAUGUAUUGUCUGAUUUCAGUAGUUUAAAAUCCUUCUGUGAAGUGGAGUGUUCUAAAGACCUAGUGAUACAGCGUCAUGGGGAGGGAAUAAUUAUGGAGACUGAGGCAGACACUGGAGCUAUUGAGAUGUCUGCACACUCCGAGUGCUCUGAAAUAAAACAUGACAGUGAAGAGAUACUGGAGAAACAAUGUGUGCAAACAAUAAAAGAUGAAGCGGACAGAAAAUGCGAACCAGAGACUGUUAAAGUCUCUAGACAUUACUUACCUGUAUCUGCUACUGAAGGAAUUAGAAAUUUAUUGUCUAUGGAUGACACAGACAAAAAUGUAGGUAUGGAGAGGCCUGCUUUGUCAGCCUUUCCAAAAGAUGAUGCACAGCUCAAAACUGAAGACAUGAAUAUAACCAGACCUGAGACUAUUGAACUAGCCAUGAAAUUUAACAGGGAAAGUGUUCUAGAAAUAGCUGAAUCAUCAGAGAUACUCCAUAGUGCAGAAAAUGGAAAAUUAGUAGAUAUAAAGGAGGGGGGAUACUUAAAAGGCAAACCACACCACGAAGAAUAUGGUAGUAAUUCAUCGCAAGGGAAAUCAGACUUGGAAAGUAUACUUGCGCUACCAAGGACAGCAUGCAUUACUCAUGUAGAACGCAGUGUAGCUAAGUGUGAAUCCUCUGUGUUAGAUUUUACAGAAAUAGAAGGUGAAAUAAAACAACCUGAAAACCUGUGUAGUGCAUUAGAAUGUGGAUUGUCCAAAACUCAAAACUUCAGAGUGUUUGAAUCUCAAGAGACUGAAUUCAAAGUUAAUCCAGAAGAUUUUGAAGAGGAAAGCAAUGAGCUGUUAGAAAGAGUGGAUACCAUUGAAUCUGUCUUAGUAGAAAGUAAUCUUACUUCUGAGGCACAGUUUGCAAAACCUCUGAAUCAGUUCUUGAUAACUGAAAAUGUUAAAUGUGAUGAAAUAAAAGGGGAAUUAAAUAAACAAAGCAAGGAAUUGGUGACUGAGACUUGUUCCACUUCAUUUAACUGGGAAGAGAAUGUUGUGAAGAAAAAUAAUGCUUCAGAGAUCAUCUGCCAUUCAGAAAUGGAUUUUCACAGUGGCUUGGCUUUUUCUGUUCAAGGGGACUUGGAGAUGGACUGUAUAAAUACUGAAGAAACAGAUUGUCCUGUGCAAGUGGGAAUUGGCUUGGAAUCCACCAUGCCUCCUGAUCUAAAUUUCCAUCUUCAGAAAGCUGUCAGUUUUGUUGAAACUGAUUUCACAGAAAAGGCUGCUUUUUCCCAUACAUGGGAAAACAAAGGAGAUAAAAAUUGUGUUACAGGAAGUGCAUUUAACUGUUCUUCAGAAAGCUUGGAAGAGGGUGCUGAGAGCCUAUCUGCUGAAAAAGACAACAUGUGCAAAGAACCGGACUGCACUGAGAGGGAAUAUGUACACAAGAAUGAAGUGAAAAUUCCAUCUGAGAAGAAGCAGCCAGUAGAUAAAGAACCUCAGGCACCUGUUAAAUCACAGAUCCUGGAUCCAAACUCUUAUAAUAAGAAUACUUUUCUUCAAAAGUCUGAAUGUCAAGAAUCAGGAUGCAGGACUUCUACGUGGGAAGUUGGAACAGAACCUUCUACAACUGGUUCACUAACAGCUGGGGGAGAAAGCAAAGAAUUGAAUAGUUCUGAGCCAUCUGGGAAAAAUGCAAUAAAAAGGUCUAAAAAUGAUUUUGAUAUGCCAGAGCAGAGCAAUGAAUCCGAAGAGAAAGACUGUUCUAUACAAAAAGUUCCUAUGUUCAGAAAGGAACUGAAUGCUUCCAGGAGAAUUGCAGUGGGUGCUCUGGAAACUGGUGCGAUUGUUGGUACUGAUUACCAAGGAUGUGAACUUCCUUCAACAAUGCACCCAGGAAAUACUUUGACAGUUAGUCAUACAAAAGCAGACACUGUGGUGGAUAUGUAUACACGCUGUGAAACAAACAGCUCUCCAGACACUGCAAAUGAGUUGUCAAACGUGGUUGGGGAGGGUUAUCCUAAAGACUUAGCCUCUUGGAAAAGAAAGGAUGUAUUAGUAACCUCUGAAAAUACCGAGGGUGCUAAUGAAUGCAUGGUAGAUUCUAACAGAGCUGGAUGCAUGAAUGACAGUGAGGAGAGUCUGUUAAAAACUGGGACAUCAAAAGAAAGCCCUGUGAUGCCAAAUGCUUCAAAAAAUAGAUUACCACUAUGCCAGACGUUAACCAGAUUCCCAGAAACUUGCAGACUGGCUGUAAAAGACAGUAAAUUAAAUUCAAGAAUGUUAGCACUUGGCAAUUUCUUAGAAGAAAAUGAUUCUGAAAAACUUCAGUCAAAUGUGGGGCAAAGUCUACUACACGGUGUUGGUAUGGGGGUCUCAGUGUUUGAAGAAUAUAAUCAUAAUCAAACUCACACUGCUUCCAACAUAGGAGAAAACAACACUAAUGUUAUCCUAGAUGGUAGCAGUAGAAAAAAAAAUUGUGUCAAGUGUCUUCCAAAUCCAGCCCUAUCUGAUGUAGAGUGCAAUUGUCAGACAGUUAGGCAGCCUCCUGAGCCACAAAAAACAGUGUUUGAGAAGCUCUGUAUGUUGGAGUCGGAGUCUUGUGUGGAUGUCGCUCUCAAAAAGAGCAAUAAAUUGAAGCGCAAAGAGCAAGAACCAUCUGAAAUCUUGACUGUUUCAACCAAAACAACUGCACAAGUAAUGCAUGCCAAGCUAUCAAAGAGGCUGUUUCAAGGUAAAAGAAAAACAAAGACUCUCAAAGUUAGACAAACUCAGCCAGUUCUUGCAAACGCUGAUACUUCUAUGCCAACAAAAUGCUUGUCCGAGACUAUAAAUAAAAUUAGGCAAGAGAUGGGUCCUCCUCUGCCCCCCUUGCUGCUGCCUUUGAUUGCUACUCCUCCAAAAGCUGCAUGUACCGUGUCCCCCGUAAUGUCUUCUACUGGUCGAUCCUCUUUGCUUUCCCCUCUUGAUGACCUCAUAUCCCCACUACGGGAAACCCCUGUUCCUCCUCUCAUGUCUCCAUUAAGAGAUACUCCAACAGUAAAAUCUGCUCUUUUAUUUUCUCCUCCCUCACCCUCAGAAAUGGCAGUAGGUAGAAGGAUUUGCUCCUCACCUCUGAAAUUUUGUACUUCCAUUCCAAAGCACGCGCUUCCCGUCCCGGGAAGAUUUCCUCUGUUCGCAGCCGACAGCGCUGCUCCAGGUACUCCUCAGGAAAACUCUGUGAAAAUAUUGGACACUAUGUAUCCAGAGCUGUCUGCAAGGGCAAGGACACUAAACAUUCUGAAAGGCAAUAUUCAGCUUAAUCGAUGUGCUUUUUCAGACAGCCAAAGUUUGCCGGGUCCUGUGGCUCAAAUAGGUGGGUUCAAGGCAAUUGCAUCUACAUCAACUGCUUUUGUUAAAACUGGGAGCAAUUUGAAAUCUGAUAGUAGCAAAGAUCAAGACAAAGAUGUGCAAAAUCAGCAAUUGUUUUCAAGCUCAUCAAAUCAUCUUGAAAAACGGACACCGUUGCCAAUAUCUAUGCCAAGAAGUGCAAAGAGACUGAGGUUGGACAGCGAACCACCAAAGCUGGAGCCCAAUGAUACUGCUGCUAUCGGAAAUCCUAAAAAUACAAUCUCUGGUAUGCAGGAGGCUUUCCAUGACAAAAGCUGUGAAAUCAGUGAUUCAUCACACAGUUCCAGUUUAGAAGCAUCACUACCAGUAAAGAAGGUUAUUGAUCCUGACUGCCAGAAAGUUUCUUCGGCAUUGAAGAAAAUUGCUGAAUCCUGUUUUGACUUGUUACCGGUUAUUAAAGGUCAUGUGUAUGUUGGCAAUAUCUCAAAGAUUCCAAUAAUGAGAGAUGAAGAGAAAGAAGUUGUUUAUGAAUUUGGUAUAAAAAACAAGGUACUUGGCUUGGACCUUCUGGUUCCUCACGAAGCCAACACUCAGACUCCCUGGUGUCUGCAGGUACCCAGUCUAAACCCGUGGCCUCUCCAGCACCUGGCUCCUAAGCCUCUCAUUCUACUCCCCACUUUUAGCCCUCCCUCUAAACAUCCUAGACAUUUAGCAGAGUCCUUGCUGCAUGUUAUUCUCAAUAAACUCAAGGCUCAGAAGAAUGCCACAAAUUACAAUUUCAAUCAGGCUCUAUGUCGAGUCUAUACAGGAAUUUGUCGACAGUUGGGAGAUUUGGAAAGAGCCCGCAUUUUCUGCUAUAGCCUACUUAAAGAAGACUUUCCAGACUCAGAAAAAUUGAUUUUAUUUAUCAUAAAUGUGUGGUCUGACAUAUUUGUCUUCCAAGGUGCAAUUAACAAAGCUAUGCAAUUAGUUGUCAGGCAGAGUGCAAGCAACGAGAUGCUGGCCUGUUUUAGUGCUUAUCUCAACUGGGAACAGAGUUCCUCUUUAGAUGCUGGUAUUAUGGUCUCAAACCUGCUUUUAGAAAUGCAGUCAUGUCCAAAAGUAGAAUUUCAACUGAGUGAGCAUUAUGGAGAAGAUCUGAGUGAAGAUGCUUGGCAGUACAUAUUUGCUGUUGAUCUACUCUGCUCUCGCCUGAAGUGGGACUGGACACACGACAAUGUUAUAAGCAAAGUGCUUUGGCCUUCUAUGGAUAAAUGGGUAAAGAAGAGAAAGGGGCAUGAAACUGCUCAGUCCAUUCCGGAUAGUGUUAUAGCAUUGACGCUUAGGCUAAUAGGUCGAUUGGGCCAAAUAGGUUUGAAGGAAGGAUAUCUUGCUGCAGUGAAGAAUAUUAGUUCUGUAAUAGGACUGUUUGUACAGCAUGCCAAAGAGGAAGGUGUUCCCUGGGGCGUGCAGCUGGCAGCCAUAUAUUCACUCUGUGACUUGGGUUCAAGCAAUCCGGAAGGUAUUGUUGAGGCCAUCCAUGCUUGGAGAGCAACAGUUCUUAACAACAUCCCUUUUGCUGUCACAAGUGGCAUAGCUGAAAUCACUUCUCUGUGUAAAAUGGAGCUAAACUAAAGUCUAGGGAAGUGGACUGAUCUAAAGGAAGAAGUGCCUUAUUUUACUAAGCAGUAGAUGGUUCCAGUUAAAAACAAUACAAAGUGGUGUGUCCUCUUUUAUUUAAUUUUUUUUAACAGAAUGCCUGAUCACACAAAGCAAGCCCAAGUAUUUUAUUUGGCUUUUCUGUUUGACGGAAGAGUUUUUAAAAAAUAAAUAAAAAGACUUGCUUUUCCUAAUAACUGGUCAGUGAUCUGAAAACCAGUGCAUCUGACUCUGAGAUAUUUCUGGUUUGAUGUCAAUAAAAAUCAGUAAUAGUUUCCAUUAUUUUACUUCCAUGAAUUUGGAGCAUGGGCUGAUUGACACAACAGAAGAUUGAGCCUGGCUGAAAACCUGGAUCUAUUAUUUUGUACUAUAUUUAUAAAGUAACUGUUCAGAUAGCAGAACUUUGCCUAGAUUCUGCUUUAUUUUGCUUGAGUAGUCUUAUAAGCUUAAUUUAAAAUACUUGUGUAAGACAGGUAGGAACUGACUUUUUGUGUAACAAUCAUGUAUAGAGUAACAGAGAUAUUAAAUCUCUGAACUUGUAUAUAUGGUAUAUUCUGAUAAUGUGUCUCACAUUUGAUAUUGUUCCACUUGGGGAAUUUUGUGUAUGUAAAUAGAAAAUUGGUUCAACAAAAGUUCACGUUUUUAAUGAUAGCUUCACUACACUCUGUGUUUUUGUAUCUUUCAUAAUAAAAGAAGCAAACACCA